AGAGCCCCUUUCCAUAGUGACAUCACACGGAUGCUAGUGUUGACUGCAGCAGUAUGAAGUGGUGCAGUGAGCGUCAGGUGAAGCGAGGUUUUCAGAGUUGUUAUUAUUAUUUUUCAUGUUUGCCAUCAUUUAUACUAUUCAGGAUUGUUUUAGUUUAAUAUCAAAUGGGUGCGACUUGGAGUCGCGGAGGUUCUCUAUUAGAAACGCCGCUACACGUGGCCAUGUUGGGUCUAGAUUCGGCCGGAAAGACUACUGCACUGUAUCGCCUAAAGUUCGACCAGUACGUCAACACGGUACCCACCAUAGGUUUUAACUGCGAGCAUGUUAAGGGCACGGUCGGAAAGAUCAAAGGAGCGAGUUUCACCAUUUGGGACGUGGGAGGACAGGAGAAGGUUCGACCAUUAUGGAAAUCCUACACACGUGGUACGGACGGAAUAGUAUUUGUGGUGGACAGUGUCGACGUCGAACGAAUGGACGAAGCCAGGAUGGAACUGUUAAGAACUGCUAAACACCCGGAAAAUAUUUCCGUUCCCAUCUUGGUACUGGCUAACAAACAAGACUUGCCAGACGCUAAAAGCGCCGAAGAAGUGGAAAAAAUAUUAGGUUUACAGGAAUUGGGUGGGAAUUGUUUAUGGCACGUUCAACCCACCUGUGCUAUUAUCGGAGAGGGACUACAAGAAGGACUCGAAGUCCUCUACGAGAUGAUCAUCAAACGCAAGAGAUUAGCAAAAUUAGCUAAGAAGAAAAGAAGAUAUAACUACAGAAGAUUGUGUGGCUAUCCUACAUAAUUUAAUAAAUCAAACAGGAUGGAAUGAUAUUGCAAUUGUUUACAGUUUUGAAGAGGCUACUAGUUUAUUAAUAAAAAAGUUGCAUGUUUCUGGUAUAAAAACAACUAUUAUUAAGGAGGAUAAUAUAGUUAAUUAUCAAUGGGAACACAUUCAAAACUACAAACAAGGCUAUGUUUUACUUUCUGCAAACAAUACUCAAAUGAACUGGAGUAUUUAUAUUUUAAAAAAUCAACUAAAACUUUUUGGCACUAAAAGAAAAUGGAUUUUUUUUAGCAAUAAAACUUUUGAUUUCCAUUUUUCAAAUUUAAUUCGGUUAUUUUCUGAAGGAGACAGAGUUGCUAUUUUGAAUAAGAACAAUCAAAAUAGCAUUAAAUGUGAUGUAAGUUACUAUGUUUGUGAAGUACUAAUAAAUAAUAAUAUUUUAAUUAAUUAAAUGUAUAUUUUUAAGCGUGAAAUAAUACUUAUUUGUAAAAUUUUGUUAUGAUCAGAACUAUGAGUUUCGAUAAUUGAGUAUCCAAUGGCAGUUAGUUUGAAAAGUAACAUUAGCUUAUUAAUAAUGAGAUGUUUAAUAAUAAUGCUUAAAUUAUUAAUAGUGAGAAGCAACUCUAAUGUAUGUCUCUUGACAAUGAAUGGGCUUGGUUGUCCAAAAGUGCUUGAGAAAAACUGUUAUUAGAGUAAAUGCUAUUAAAACAGAUUUUUUUUUUCCUUUUUAUUAGCUUAUUAAUUUCAUAGGCAGAGAAAAAUUAUUUGCCAACUAUUAUAGUACAAUUUAUAACUAAUUUAGAUGUAUAAAAGUAUUUCAAGAUAUUCAUUGACUGUUGCUUUCUUUUUUAUUUAUUUUGAUUAAUUUGUUUGAAGAAAAGUGAAGCUUAUAAUCUGUUUAAAAAGUAAAGAAAGUGUAGGCUAUUUUAUAAGAGUAUAAUCUUAUAAUCUAUAAAGAAAAGCGAGGUUUCCAUAUUUAUGCAUUAUGGUAAUAUUAAAAUUAAUAUUGACAUCUAUGCUGAUAUAAAACUAGAUAUGAUACUUUUAAAGUAAUUCUAUUUUGCAAAAUAUCUAUUUUUUUUUUUCCUUUCCUAAUAAUUUUGUAUUUUACAAUCUGCAUAGAUGCUGAUAUUGUCCUAAUUUAUAAUAAUACACAAGGAAAACAUUUUAACUCUCCUGCUUCC